AUGGAACCAAACGAAUUAGAAAGCACCAAUGGUGAUGAUCCAGUAAAAGCUUCUGCUGCGACUGUUCUGGAUACGGUGGCCAGCAUAGCCGAUGAAGGAACUCAAAAAAUAAAAGCCGUUAGGGAUACAAUGGUUGAAAAGUGCUUGGAAAAAAUUGUAGAAGCUAAAGCAGAACUGGACACGCUUAAAAAAGAGACCGACAAAACUAGUUUUGUCAAGCUGGAGGAGAUUAAGCAGGCAACAGAACUUGAUUUUGCAGGAGCCUUAAACAAAGGGAAAAAAGAAUUUGGCGAAUUCACUGAAGAUGUAUGUGGCAAAGUCUCCGACAAAAUCGAUCAGGAAGUGACCGAAAUUGGCGCAAAAUUAGAAGAAACCGAGGCGCAUCUGGACGAAUUCGUUAAAGAAUUGGGGAAAACACACUCUGGAACAGUUACCGAACUAGGAAGAAAAAGCGAAAUUACAAAAAAGUUGGGGGAAGCCAAGUCGCGGUUUGAUGAUAACAUAAAAGAAAUAGUAGGCGCUGUCUCCGGAAAUAUCGGGGAAUUUGAGCAGUCCAAAAGAGAGGAUAAUGAUAAGUUCAGUUUGUUCUCGAGGGGUGCGGAAGAAGCUCCCACUGAAGCACCGAAGAGUUUCGGAGAGUUGCGGGAAGAAGAUGAUGGGUUAGCAGUUGAAUCACUGGAUGAAGGUGAGGCAGAGUUGAUGGAGCUGAAAAAGAAAGCAGCUGAAGAAAAAAAAGGUAUUCAGGAUAACCUUGGGAGUAUUUCGGGCUCAUUAAAGGAUGUAGCGAGUGAGUCUUCGAGAAAAAUUGGCGAGAAAGUUGACGAAAGCGAAGAAUAUUUUAAUAAGACAUUUGGGGAUGCACACUACAAUGAACAGCCGAAAGAUUUAUCAAAUUUACCGCAUUUAAGUUCAACCGAAAAAAGUAUGCCGGAAAUUAAAAAUCUGCCGGAGCUGGAGCAAAGCUGGCCUGCCGAAGGCGAUUUUGCUUCAACUGGGAAUGUUUUUAAGGAAUUUGAUUCGCCCGGAAGUUUUUCUGAAAAUGUCAACAAAAGUCGAGAAUUUCUGAAAGAAAAUAAACACGAAAAUCAGACUGAAAAAGCGCAUAAAAAGAUGAAACAUGAUCAAGCCUGUUUGGGUGAUGCCAGCAUUUUCAUUCCCGGAUUUCAGAGUGGAAAUCUGUACAGUCCAAAUGAGAGAAAAAUUGUGGCUGAUGAACACGUAAGUGGCACGGAUGUUGCGGGGAGUGAGGAAGUCAGAGGAAAAAGUAAAGAUCAUGAAGAAUGUUUUACGGAUUUGCGACUUGAACACGAGUCAGAUGCAGCAGUUGAUAGCGCACGUAAAGAACUUUUUGACAGUUUUCCCGGGGAGGCUUCAAGUAAGCUGGACAGCGAAAAUAAACUUCCAAAACAGAAUAUAUAUCAUGAACAUAAAGAGAAAGUUGUUCAUGAACAUAUGGGUGGAAUUUACAUCAAAGAAGGCGAGGGAAUGGGAGAGGAAAAAGGUGGUGAUUUUGAGAAAACUUCUGGAGGCUUGCAGCUGCAGCAAGGACUGAAUGAAGAUAAACCGAGUGAUGCAGUCAAUAAGACAUUAAAUGAAUUGCUUGACGAUAUUUCCCAAAAAGUCCAGGAAAAAGGCAAAGAGUCCCUGAAUGAAGAGAUUCAGAGAUCAGAAAAAGACGGAGGAGUUGUUGGUGAAAAUUUGGGCCAUAAUUAUGCUCAAGAGAUUAAGGAAUCUGAGGAAAGAAAAGAAGUUAGUUGUUCUGAAAAGAGCUGCAGAGAUUUCCUAACUGAAGCUAGACCCGAUCAGAUAGGAAGCAAACAAGAUUUUCUUGGCGAGGCAGAUUUUGGUGGCUUGCAGAGAACAAUAAAGGACGUUUUCAACAGGAAUGUCGAAAAAACCGGGCAAGACGUAGUUGAAGAGAAAUUAUCAGGAACGCAAUGGCUUCAAGGAGAACUACCAGGUGUGGAAAAAGUCCCGCCGGAAGGCGAAAAUAUACUGGAACCAGUAGGGUUUCAGUCAAGCCACGCUCCAGAGGUACAAUGUGACCAAUGGCUACCAUCGACGAAACUCGAAGAUUUUGUAAGUGGAAAAGUUGGCGAUGUCGAUAAAAUACUAGAAGAAGCGUUAAAUGUCCAAAAAAAAUCAGAUCUGCCGUCAGCGACUCACGACAGUAUAACACUUGAAGAAGCUGGUGGCGUUGACCAGGCUACCGGAACGAAGGCUAGCACAUUUCAGCACAUUUUGAAAAUUAAUUUUCGAGCUACUUAA